AUGGCGAAUCAGACUGCCACCCUGGGGGAGUCUGUUUUGCUGGGAUUUCCCCUCAGCAGGCAGGUGGAGCUGCUGUUCCUGGGGCUGCUGCUGCCCACAUUCCUGCUGACCCUCCUGGGGAACCUGCUCAUCAUCUCCAUUGUGCUGUCCUACUCCCACCUCCACACCCUGAUGUAUUUCUUCCUGUGCAGCCUCUCUAUCCUGGACAUCCUCUUCACCUCAGUCAUUUCUCCAAAAGUGUUGGCCAACUUAGUAACUGGGGAUAAAACCAUCUCCUUUGCUGGGUGUAUCACCCAGUGUGAUUUCUACUUCUUCCUGGGCACAGUAGAGUUUCUCCUGCUGACAGUCAUGUCGUAUGGUCGCUACACAGCUGUCUGCUACCCGCUGCACUACACCACCAUCAUGACUUCUGUCUGCAUUGGGACCGUUGUGUUCUCAUGGGUGGGAGGCUUCCUGUCUGUGCUCUUUCCAACCAUCCUCAUUUCCCAGCUGCCCUUCUGUAGCUCCAACAUUAUUAACCACUUCUUCUGUGACAGUGGUCCCUUGCUGGCCGUGGCCUGUACAGACACCUCUGCCAUUGAGCUGAUGGAAUUUAUGCUCUCGUCCACCAUCAUCCUCUGCUGCAUAGUCCUGGUGGCCUAUUCCUAUACAUACAUCAUCUUGACAAUAGUGCGCAUCCCUUCCUCAGUUGGAAGGAAGAAGGCCUUUAACACCUGUGCUUCCCACCUGAUGAUAGUCGUGAUUUCUGGUGGCAUCACAGUGUUUAUCUAGGUGACACCCUCCCAGAAAGAAUAUCUCGAGGUCAACAAGAUCCCUUCAGUACUGAGCAGUGUUGUGACUCCAUUCUUCAACCUCUGUAUAUAUACUCUGAGGAAUGACAGUGUGGGGGUGCUCAAGGACAUGUGGGCCAGAGUUCAAACAGUUUUAGAAAAGAGAAUAAUGACAAUGCUGAGGAGCAAAUUGUCCUCUUACAAAGACCAAUAA